AUAUAAAUUUUAAAAAUAAUUAUUUUUAUUUAAUAAUAUGUUAUUCCCGUGCAUAUUAAAAACUUAAACUUCAUAUUUUAUUUUUGAAUUUAUUAUCCCAUGCACUUGAUAUAUUAUAGAUUAUUUAAUAAUUAAAAGCUAAUCUAGAAAGUACAAAUAAAUAUGUUAAAAAGAUAUUAUAAAAACUUUUCAUCUAAACAAAAACUUAUUAUAUUUUAUAAUUUGCUACCCAUGCUUAUUUAAAAUUUUAAAAAUAUAUUUUAUUUUAAAAUUUAUUACCUGGUGCAUAUUAAACAUAUAAACAGAAACUAUUUUUUAGUAUUUUUACUGUCAUAUUAAAAUAAGUGUAAAUAAAAAAAUAUCUUAUUAUAAUUUUAAAAGGGGGAAUAAAAAAGGUAGCACAAAAUGUAAGGAAAAGAAAAAAAAUGAAAAAUAUAACUUAAAAAAAAUGAGAGAAUUGUGUUGAAGUCUCACACAAAAAAAAAAUUAAUUUAUCAUAAAAUUUAUUAAUAAAUAAAAUAAGGUUAUUAUAUUGUCAAUAAUUUUAAGUUAAUUGCUAAUGUACUUUAUGAUAAUUGUAGGAGCUUAUGUAAUUUUCCUUUAAAAAAAAAGAACAAAAGGCACGAUUUUCAUAGCACUGCUGUUCGUUGCAUCCAACUUUCAGGAUGGUGAUAAUUGGUGAUUGAUGAAAUAUCUGGGUCAUUGGCUAUGGUACGAACAAAUCGUCUGAGGAGGGAUAAGCCUCGUCAUUCUUAUCAUAAACUGCCUGGUACCUUGGAAAGUCCCAAGACUAAUAAUGGCGUUGUUGGCGGCAGCCUCAAGCUUGGUUCUGGGGGCUUUGCUUGCUCUCGCAGUUCAAGUGUUGUACUUCUCUCCCAUUGACCCCAUCAUAGUUGAAAGGCCUCUACUGUUAGCUUCUCCUUUCCCCGUCAACAACCAUUUACAGAACAUCAUCAAGCUCGGAGAAGGCAUUCUGAAACAUCCCGAAGAUAUUUGUGUGGAUGAACAUGGUAUUCUCUAUACAGCUUCCAGAGAUGGUUGGAUCAUGCGGUUACAUCGAAAUGGGUCCUGGGAGCACUGGAAGAACACUCAUAGUCAUUCAAUGCUCGGAAUUACUGUCACAAGACAGGGUGCUGUCAUUGUUUGUGAUGCUGACAAGGGAUUGCUUGAAGUCACAGAAGAUGGUGUCACUGUUCUUGUUUCCCAAAUGAAGGGUUCUAAAUUAAGGUUUGCAGACGAAGUAGUAGAAGCUUCAGAUGGAAGUUUAUAUUUCAGCGUUGCCAGCACUAAAUAUGAUGCACGCAAUUGGUAUCUAGACGUGUUGGAGGCGAGACCCCAUGGUCAAUUGCUCAAGUACAAUCCAUCCUUGAAUGAGACUUCUGUUUUCUUGGAUAAUCUGAGCUUUGCCAAUGGCGUUGCUCUCUCAAAAGACGAAGACUAUCUCUUAGUCUGUGAAACAUGGAAAUACAGGUGUCUGAGGCACUGGCUUAAAGGCGAGAAGAAAGGCAAGACAGAGACUUUCAUUGACAACCUUCCAGCCGCACCUGAUAACAUUCUUCUUGCUCCUGAUGGCUCGUUCUGGGUGGCUUUGGUUCAGCUCACUUCUGAAAAGAUGGGGUUCGUGCACUCUUCAACGAUAUUAAAGCGCUUGGUAGCUACGUUUCCGAGCCUAGUUAAUGUGGUUAGUGGAGCGUAUAAGAAGGCGAUGGUGGCCAACGUCGGAACCGAUGGUAAGAUAACCAGAAUAUUUGAUGACGACCAAGGGAAGGUGGUGAGCAUGGUCACUUCAGCUUUGGAGUUCGAGGACCAUCUUUAUCUUGGAAGUAUCAAUUCCAAUUUCAUUGGAAAAUUACCACUUUGAAACCACAACUAGCUUAAAUUCCACUCUGAAUCCGAUUUCAUUUCCAGUCAUGGUUCUGCGUUCAGCCCAUGAAUCCUUGAUUUAAGAAACGAGUUUAUACUUUUAUGGCU